AUGAUAGAGAACUGUUUGGACGCUGUGUUUGAGGACGUUCCUGUGGACGUGGUGAAGACGGGAAUGCUGUCGACUCGCGAGACUGUUCAGACGGUGGUGAGGAAACUUGGUGCCGAGAUUGAACGAGGUGCUCGCGAGGGGAGAACGGUGGGUGUGGUGAUUGACCCGGUUAUGGUGUCGACUUCGGGGUCGAGACUGAUUGCCGAGGAUGCCGUUGGUGAGUAUAUUCGAGGGUUGUUUCCUCUGGCUACGGUUAUUACGCCGAAUUUGCUGGAGGCUCUGUUUAUUCGUAAGGAGCUUGGAUUGUCCGAGUCGGACGACGCUUCUGCUAUUCAGUCUAUUGCCGAUAUCAAGCAAUUGGCUGCUGAUUUAUAUGGACUGAAAUGCCAGGCGGUGCUCGUUAAAGGCGGUCAUAUCGGCUUGACUGAUGACUUAAAGCCUGCUAAAGAAGGUGAUGUUCCUACUAAGAUUGUCGAUGUUCUGUAUGACGGUGAGGAAUAUUAUGUGUUUGAGAACCCAUUUGUAGGUUCUCAGAAUACUCAUGGCACGGGUUGUACACUGGCAUCGGCCAUUGCGUCGAAUCUGGGUCAUGGAAUGUCACUUGAUAAUGCCGUGAAGAACGGUAUUCGAUAUGUUCAGAGAGCCAUUGUAACUGCUCCUAAUAUCGGCCAAGGUCAUGGUCCAGUUAAUCAUAUCCACAAUCUACAGAUUCGUCCCUACACGCCUGGUCAUUUUGUGGAUUAUCUUUUGAACCAUCCCAAGGUGAAACCUCAUUGGGACUUGUAUGUGAACCACCCGUUCACCAAACAAGUGGGUCAAGGUACUCUACCAGUAGAAACGUUUAAAUACUUUCUUACUCAAGAUUAUCUGUACUUGAUCCACUAUGCCCGUGCUCACUCACUGGCUGGAUACAAGUCGAAUGAUAUCGACGUGGCAGCCAAAUCGGCUCAAAUUGUGCAGACAAUUCAGCACGAAACAAGACUCCACGUGGCUUACUGUGCUACGUUCGGUUUACCUGAAGAAGAUAUUAAGAACGCUAAAGAAAGCAUUCAAUGCUAUGCGUACACCAGAUUCAUUCUCGACACCGGAUUGCAAGAUGACUGGACUGGGCUCGAGUUUGCACUUUCUCCCUGUCUUCUCGGCUAUGUCGAAGCUGCCAACAACAUCAAAGCCGACCCGCAAUCCGUGCCCGGAAACCCCUACUGGCGAUGGGUCGAAGAGUACUCCAAACCGGAAUUUCUUGUCGCUUCUCAAGCCGGCAUCGACCUCCUCGAAGCCGCUGUCCUCGACGCCUCUCCCGCCCGUCUCGAACAGCUCGUCGACAUCUUCGCCACUGCCACCCGCAUGGAAUGCGACUUCUGGUCCUACUCUCUGGCCCAUGGCUCUAAAUAG